CGUCCGGAGCCGCUCCUACCCAGGAGUCAGGAAUUCUGGAUUUAGGGUUUAGUGUUUCCGUUGUGUGACUUUAAGGACCUCAGUUUCCUCCCCAGCAAAAGGAACGUGUGGACUUGUUGAAUGAAUUGGCGGUCUCUCAAGGCCCCCUGUAGCUUCCACACUCCGCGGCUGAAUGGGAAGGAGGGAACGGGACAAACCCUGGCUGCCCUGCAGCUGUCAUUUCUGUUGUGCCCUGGCUCAAACACCCUGUGUUAUUCCUGCCCUUCUCUACUCCCCUUUCCUAGGACGACAACGUCCAGGCCAGUCUGCCUCCCCACUUCACCUCCGAGGAGUAUGAGAAGGAGGACUCUAAAACUAGCAGGUUUCUUCUCAGGCGUGUCCAUGUUCAACAGCACCCAGAGUCUCUUCUCGAUCGGGCUGCACUGUUGCGCGGCGGUGUCUUUGGCCUUCUUCGUCUUCGAGAGUUGGGAGUGCUCCACCUAUUGGUACAUCUUCGCCUUCUGCAGUGUCCUUCCAGCUUUCACGGAAAUCAUCAUGUUCAUCGCUGUCUUCGUGUUAAAGAAAAAAUCUUUCUGAACCUCUUUCCGCAGACGUGGGGCGGAAGACCGAGAAGGCUUUGCAUUUAGCUCACAGUCCUUGGAAAAAAAUGGGGAAGACUCUGCCAGCAACACGGUUUGGGGGACUAUUGGCAGUGUUCUUAUCCCCCCGAGUUUUGGCACGAUGACAUUGUAUAUAGUACUUUGUAAUAAAACCCAACUUUUGUACCAUAA